CUGCGCGCAUGCGUGGAGGUAUUGAUACUGCUUUAAAUACGAAACGAAAGUCACUGUGAGGCUUAAAUAGUGUGUACGCAGAUAAAGGAAAGAAGUGAAUAUCAAUAAUAUAUCUUCAACCAGUUUAUUAUUUGGGAAUAGUUAACAUCAUCAGAUUACUCGUUGGUGUCGACGAGACUAAAAAUGACGAUCGAGAUAACGGUGAAACGGAGCCAGUCGAUGUGGGCGAUAUCAACACUUUAUAACAAACGCCCGUCUAUCUCAAACGAUUCCGAUUCAAGCAGCACAUCCGGUCAGACAUCGCCUACAGACAAUGUUCCAAAGACGUUCCGCUCCGCUUCCGUUUUCGACAUUCAGGCGUUGAAUCGUCCUGAACGUCUCGGAGGCAUUGUUCGAAGAUUCCGAAAACGUACCCGCAGUGAUAAACCCUGGAAGUUGAACCCAGGCGAGCGCGUCAGCUGCGGUCCUGUUCUUUGCGGCGACGUCGACGCCGUUGACUCCCAGGGACGCACGCUUCUCUUCUACGCGGCGCGCUACGGGCAGUUGGAGACGGCUCGACAGCUGGUGGAGGCCGGAUGUGGCCUUGACCAGACCGACUUCCUGGGAAUGACGCCACUUCACGAGGCGAUUGAGAAAGGCCAUCUAGAGAUCGCUGAGGUGUUCUUGAAAGAUGGCAAGGCCGAUCCCAACAUUCCUAAACGUGACGGUGAGACGCCAUUGAUUACGUCAUCGGCACGUGGUGACCUGGAAGCGGUCCGUCUUCUCCACAAAUACGGAGCAGACGUAAACAAAUGUGACGUCACCGGUUGUCCCCCAAUUUACAGAGCCAUCCAAAGCGGCUGGAAUGCGAUUGCUGAUUUUCUGUUAGACAAACAGUGUGACGUGAACAAAACGACAGCCACUGGAAUGACCUGCUUCUUCGCGGCUUCGCACUGCAACAAAAUAAACGUUAACCAGAUCACAAGACGGCUAUUAAAAGCAGAUUACGAUUUCAAGAAAGACAAGGAGUGGCUAGAGACGGAAGGCUUUCCAAUCACGUUGGAGGAUGACUCGGAACUUUUCGCCAAAAUAGCAAAAAGGGCGGGGCUACGGAAGGUCAAAAGGCAUAACUCAUUCAUCGCUUCGGGCAAGCGAAGGCUGUUCAGAUUCUUUCGGUCGAUUUCUACCUGAUAUCCACCAACUUGGGCUUAUUAUCAUCAACCAGUUUCUUGAUUUGAGACUUAACAUAAAGGAUAUAUUAUUACUAUUGUGAUGAACUUAAUAAGCCGCUAUGUGGAAUUGCGAUUGACAUUUUUUUCACCGCUUAUAUUAUUAUUCUUCAUUCAAUGAUAUUGUGAUGGCAUGAGAAUUAUUAUAAAUCUGUGGAUGUGCAAAUUAUGAAUGUACAAUGAGUAAUAUAAGGGAACUCCAGAAGCAGUGUUUGCCCAACACUUAAUUCUAAAGUCGCUAGUGUCAAAAAUUGCAAAAAUUGGCAUAUUUGGUAUCAUUUUGUCGGGCUUGACGAGCUCUACACGAUGCAACAAACGGCAUAUGUGUACCUUUCUCUACUAAGGCACUAUUGACCCCUCAACAUUGGCGAAACACGACAAUUUUCUAUUCAUUUUUAUUCUUAAAUCGCGAAUGUCUUGUGUAGGAUUCAGCCAAUUAUACGUCGCCUUAAAUCUAAAGUCGCGAAUGUCAAAAAAUUGCACAUAUCGACAUAUGUACAAAAAUAAUUAAUUAAUAAAUAUAUUUUUAUUUUAAAAGCAUUUGUCUUUAAAAAUUUUCAAAUUGAUAGAUUGCAUACAUCUCAACCACCUGUCAAAAUUUCAUAAAGAUAUCUUGUUGUAUAAUACCUGGUUGUUAUUUCAAAACUUUAAAAGCAAUUUUCUCAAAAUCGCUUUUUUGGACUUUUGUGCAUUUAGAAUAAGAGCGACGCCUACUUAAUUUGACAUAUCCUGUAAUUGUAAAUCUAAGAAGUGUUCAGGUAAUGUUCAAGCCUUAUGAAUAAAUGUAAAUAGUCCUUAUUUCGACUAAUAUACCGUCUAUAUAGUCGUGUAAAAUAUUGUUUAAGCUAUUUAAUUGUAUUGCUGUUAAUUGUUGUCUACUUAAUAAAUGCUUUACUAUUGUGGUUUUAUACACAUUGUUUUUAUGUUAUUGUUUUAUUUGUAUCCGACUGUAUGUGCUAAUUGUUUAAUCAUUUUACAAAUUUUUCUGUAAGUCUUAUCGACAAUACAAUAAUUGGUUUACAUCGAUGUAACUGUGAUACAGUAUGAAGUAACAAUUACAUGCCCUAAAGUCGAUUCCGUGCACGAUUGUGCGAUAUAGUGUCUGGAAAGUAUACACUGUUGACACCAUAUCAUGUAUUUCACUAUAUAAUAUGCCUUAUUAAUCCACUUAUGCCUAGCGUCUAGAAAAACGGCAUUGGCAAACAGCGUAGACCCAGAUGAGACGCCGCAUGAUGCGGCGUCUCAUCAGGAUCUGCGCUGUUUGCUUAAAGAAAUUUCUGUAAGAAAUAUUCUAAAUAAAGAAAUAAAUAUACUAGACAUCCCUAAUUUUGGAAAUAAAUUGAUCCAAAUAAGAAGGAUGGGAGAGUCCACUAGGCAUAAAUGGGCUAAAGUAUCCACAACCGGUGAUGUCCUAUUUUCAUAGAAUUACUACAGAUAAUAUGCCCAACUUAAAGCCACACACCUUGCCUCUGACUUUGAAAUGAAAUACAUAUUAAUCAAUACAUAUAGAUGCAAUUUGAAAGUGUGCAAAAUUGUCAUUAAAUCUAUAGUCUAGUUAGCAAGUAAUUUAUUAUUUCUCAAACGGUACCGAAAGUAGAAUUUCUAGACGUAUACGUCCAUUCAUUUCAACAAACGCGAUUAUUUUUAAGUUUUAAAGCGCAAAAAAGACGGAUUUCUACCUUGUAACCACCAGAUAUAUUCGAAUUGGCAUACAUGAAAUUAAAUCUAUAGCCUAGUUAGCAAGUAAUUUAUUAUUUUUCAAACGGUACCGCUUUUAAAACCGAAAGAGGAUUUCUAGACGUAUACGUCCAUUUCGACAAACGCGAUUAUGCUUAAGUUUUAAAGCGCUAAAAAGACGGAUUUAUACCUUGUAACCAUCAGAUAUAUUCUAAUUGGCAUAGAUAAAAUAUGUUUCUAAUUUAUAAUUAAAUUUACUAUGCAAAAUAAGGUGUGUGGCUUUAAUUGUUUAUAUGAAAAACAAUUUAAGAUGAACCGUCAUUGGCAUUCUUUUUCAACCGCAUGACACUGUUGCUUGUAUUAAUGUUCUUCGAGUUUCUCCAAUUUAGUACGAGUGUAAAUGUUAAAAUGUGAAACUGUAAAAAGUAUACACGUAUUAUGAAACGGUUACAGUUAUAAUAUAUUCAUGAAACCUUUUUCUUUACAAUUUUGCAAUCGUAACUGUUAUUCAUAUCUUAACUUAGAAUUGCUUGCAAUUGUUGAAUAAACGAUGAAUGAAGAUGAUUUUUACUACACCAAGUACCGUGUUCUUUCGAGUUUUUUUUAAUCUGAUAUUUUCUUUAGGUAAAACGUAUUUUUCAGUUUAUUAUAUCAAAUUAUCACUGGUCGUCAGAUGUUUUUGUUAUAUGUUUUAUGCAUUACUUAAAAUCGGUAUUUUGCAAUUUACAACAUUUUCGCAUCAUCAAAAAUUAUUGUUAUCGUGUUAUCACUCUAGUCUAUAAUGCUACUUGUUACAUGCUUUCGUAAGUCUUCUUAAGACCUAUGUAAUGGGAGUAACCAUUGCAAACAGUCAGUUGUCUGAGCAUGGGUUUCACUCUUUACCAUUUGAGUCGUAUUCUGAAAAAACUGGGCAUAAUACAUGUGCGUAAAGUGUCGUCCCAGAUUAGCCUGUGCAGUCCGCACAGAUCUUUUAUACUAGGGCACGUUUUAUUCUCCAUUUUACCUUUCGAAGCAAGUAUCAUUAUAUGUUUUGUUCAUAGCUAUGAUCUGCUCUUUGUUUAUAUUCCUAAUACAUGGAAAAUAAAAUGUUAUAAAAGUGUU